AUGUCACAAUCGGCAGGUGUUUCCAGACCGAAGCCCUGGGAGCAGAAAAAUGGAGUUGAGAGUUUAGGAACUGAUGCCAGUUUUACUGAGAAUAGCAGUGCGUUGCAACCAUCUGGUAAUCAGCCUGACUUACCAUCCAAACCGAACGGUUUAAAUGAGGGUAUGGAUUCUUUGAACGGGGGAAACCCUCUUCGAAAUGGUAUGUCUGGAUAUGGUUCGGCGUAUGGUGGAGGUUUAGGUACAGGAUAUGGAAUGGGUUCCAUGGGUGGUGGAUAUGGAUCCAUGUACGGAGGUGGUUAUGGCUCUAUGUAUGGUGGUGGUUUAGGGUCGAUGUACGGCGGUGGUUUAGGGUCGAUGUAUGGGGGAGGGUUCGGAUCAAUGUAUGGGAUGAACGGUAUGAACGGUAUGAAUGGAGGACCCUCGGGGAUUGCAGAGUCAACACAGGCAACUUUCCAGUUAAUAGAAGGGCUUAUAGGAGCCGUUGCUGGUUUCGCCCAGAUGUUAGAAGCUACAUAUAUGGCUACCCAUAACUCUUUUUUCACUAUGAUAACCGUUGCGGAACAGUUUCAAUAUAUGAAGGAGCUUUUGGGAUCAUUCUUUGGUAUAUUUGCCUUGAUAAAAUUCGUAAAAAAGAUCUUGUACAGAGUUACAGGUGGUAAGAUGGGAGUAGCGCCUUCCAAAAAGCGCUUAGGGAUAGAGGGCGGAAAGAGCCAGGGCUCAGAUCUUUCAAAACAAUUUAUCGAAGAAUUCAGGGACUCAGAUCUGACGAAGAAAAAGGGUAGAAGAAUUUCAUGGAAACCAUUGAUUGUGUUUUUAGCAGCUGUGUUCGGCUUCCCGUACCUUUUGAACAAAUUUAUUCAGAAAUUACAACAGCACCAAAAAGCCAAAAUAGCUGGCGGCGCUAUGGCACAACAAAUCUUAGAUCCUAAUAACCUAGAAUUUGCAAGAGCGAUCUAUGAUUUCGUUCCUGAGAAUCCAAGAAUUGAAUGUAACUUAAAGAAAGGAGAUCUAAUGGCAAUCAUUUCCAAGAAAGAUCCACUAGGAAAUAACUCUGAAUGGUGGAAAGUCAGAACAAAACAAGGAAAUAUUGGGUACGUUCCAUACAACUAUCUUGAGUUGAUUAAGAAAAGGAAAAAUGGCGUACCUGUUGAAUCUGAGAAAUCGAAUACUUCUGAAGAACUGGCGGAUUCAACCUCGGUAGACCAUCUAUUACAGAAUCAACAGUGA